AUGGCGCCAGUGUGUUCGGCUCGCCGCUCGAGAGCUCUGCAAGUUUUCAUGUGUUUGCUGCUAUUUGUGUGUAUUUGGCAGUGUGUGGAUCCAAAAACUACAUAUGAUCGAUGUUCGCUGGUUAAUAUCGGUGUUGCUGCAGGUUUGCUGCCGUCUGGAGGAAGCGUUUUUCGGACCGUGUCUCACCUUGUUUUAGACCCAUUACCAGAGUCUUUUUUUACCUUCCCGCCGCUGUAUCUUGUUGGUGGGAGGUUGAGGAAGCGUAGGAAGCGGGGCUGCCGUGGAGGACGGUUAGCCAAGUUGAAACCGUUGGUGGCUUCCUUCUCUGGCGUUCUGGGAGUUAGGCAAAGGCUGCUUCCUGGGUCUCUUGUGUCUGGGCAGAUGUGGAACGCUAUGGCUUCAUGGAGUAUCCCUGUUGCUGGUUUUUCGAUGGGGGAUUGUGUCUGCUUUCCACGGUAUCAUCGCUGCUGUGUGAGAGGAGUUAAUUUCAAGAACCUGAAACCGGUAGUUAAGGCACUGUCUACUGUAGGAGCUGUGUCAACUUUAAAGUGUGGAUUGGUGAAUGCCAGGUCAGUGGCUAAUAAGACAUUUGUCUUAAAAGAAUUUUUUAUGCAACAUACUUUGGAUUUGCUCUGCAUAACUGAGACUUGGAUUUCACCUGGGGAAUGGAGCGCUUUAAAUGAACUGGUGCCAGUGGACUGUAUGUUGAUUAGUGUGCCUAGAAUUUUAAAACGUGGUGGUGGGUUCGCAGUUAUUUGUAAAACAAAUUUGUUAUUAAAACAACUGCAUCCUGUAACUACUUACAGCAGCUUUGAAGUAUGUUUGUUUGAGCUAGGUUAUUUAAGCCCACUUCUUUGUGUAGUGGUUUAUAGGCCUCCUAGUUAUAAUAAGGUUUUUAUAUCUGAAUUUUCUGAAUUUUUGUCUGAGUAUGUUUUAUGUUAUGAUCAGAUUAUUUUACUUGGGGAUUAUAACAUUCAUGUAUGCUGUCCAGAUAAGCCACUUGUUUCAGAUUUUUGUGAUCUGUUAAAUUGUUUUAAUUUAAAUCAGUGUGUUGAUGGGGCCACUCAUGAAUGUGGGCACACGCUGGAUUUGGUAUUAUCAUCUGGGCUUGCUGUGGAAAAUCUUUGUAUACAUGAUGCUGUUUUUUCUGAUCACAAACCUAUUGUUUUUGAUGUCAAAUUGUAUUCUAGUGUAGAAAAUCUUUCUGUGUCAGUUAGAUUCAGACGUUUUUUUAAUCAAGAUGUUCUUGAGAGGUUUUCUUUAUUAUUUAAAGAGGUUAUGUUUCAAAUACCGGAAGGGUGUACAUUGAAUGGAUUUUUAAGCUGCUUUAAUGAGACUUGUAGGGAUAUUUUGGAUAUUAUUGCCCCUUUGCGUUUGAAAAAGAAGAGUUCAGUAAGAAAUCCGUGGGUAACGGAUACUACUCGAGCUGCAAGGAGAGAUUGUAGAAGAUGUGAAAGGCAGUGGAAAAAGAAUAAGCUUACUGUAUUUUUGAUUGCUUUGAGGGAAAGUUGGAAGGUCUAUCAGAAUACUGUAAAAUGUGCAAAAAAUGUGUAUUAUUCUAACCUUGUCUCUAAAAACUCUCAUAAUCCUAGGAUUUUGUAUGAUGUAAUUGAUUCUGUUUUAAAUGCUCAGGAUUAUUUCCCAGUUCAGGCUUCAACUAUAAUUUGUAAUGAUUUUCUUAAAUAUUUUAUGGAUAAGGUUGCUAAGUUAAGAAUGGCUGUGCCUACAGUUUCUUUACAGGGCCCAUUGAUUCCUGUUUUGAAGAAACUAUGUACUUUUAAUCCUAUAUCUUUGCCAGAUUUAAUUAAAAUGAUAAAUGAGGCUAAGCCUUGUGGUUCUCCUGAUGAUGUGUUACCAUCAUUUGUUUAUAAGGAUGUAUCUCCUAUAGUGGCACCAGUGGUAUUGUCAAUAAUCAAUAUGAGUUUACUUUUUGGUGUGGUGCCCAAUGAUUUUAAAAGGGGGGUUAUACAUCCAUUGUUGAAAAAAUCAGGCCUCGAUGCGUCUGUAUUGGCUAAUUAUAGGCCAAUCUCCAAGUUACCUUUUUUGAGUAAGGUGUUGGAGAGAUGUGUCUAUGGACAGUUGUUGGAUUUUUUGGAUAAAAAUAAUUUCUUAGAACAUUUUCAAUCUGGUUUUAAACCAUUACAUAGUACUGAGACGGCUUUAUUGAAAGUUAUGAAUGAUAUUUUUCUUGCAACUGAUAGUGGUAAAUCUGUAUUAUUAGUGCUGUUGGAUUUAACGGCUGCUUUUGAUACAGUUGAUCAUGAGGUGCUUUUGCACCGUCUUGAACAUUAUGUAGGAAUUACUGGUUUGGCGUUAGAUUGGUUUAGGUCUUACCUUACUGAUAGAAUGGUAUGUGUACAGAUGAGUGGUUUUUCUUCUGAUUUUUUCCACCUUCCUUGGGGGGUUCCACAGGGUUCAAUCCUGGGGCCUUUGUUGUUUUGUAUUUAUAUUCUGCCUCUAGGAGACAUCUUACGAAAAUAUGGUAUUGACUUUCAUCUAUAUGCUGAUGAUUGUCAACUUUAUAUACCUUUGGAUGAGUCUGAUGGUCGAUCAUUAUUAAAGAUUCAGGAUUGCUUACGUGAGCUUAAGAUAUGGAUGGUGGAAAACUUCUUGAGUUUAAAUGAAGGAAAGACAGAAGUGGUGUUUUUCGGUUCUAGGCGUUAUAAUAAUUCUAAUAAGAUAGAUUAUGGUGAAUUGACUCCCUAUUUGAAGGAUUCUGUUGUUAAUUUGGGGGUAAUAAUGGAUAAAGAUCUCUGUUUUAGGAGUCAUAUAAAUAGGGUCGUGGCAUCUUCCUUCUAUCAGUUAAGACGCUUGGCUAAAGUGACUUUUUUAUCUAAAUGUGAUCUUGAAAUUGUAGUGCAUGCUUUUAUAACUUCAUGUUUGGAUUAUUGUAACUCCAUUUUAUUUGGUGUGAGUCAGGGUGUCCUGUCUCAUUUGCAGCUUGUUCAAAAUGCUGCUGGGAAGUUUUUGGAAGGCAAACGCAAAUUUGAUCAUGCAAUGCCCAUAUUGACAGUCUUACAUUGGCUGCCUGUUUUUUAUAGAAUUUGCUUUAAAAUCUUGUUAUUGGCAUUUAAAGCUCUUAAGGGGUUAACCCCAAUUUAUUUAUCAGAAUUGUUGCAUCCCUAUGUACCUGUUAGGGCACUUCGUUCUGAAGAUUUGUCUUUACUUGAGGUCCCAAGGUCACGAUUUAAGACGAGGGGAGAUAGAGCUUUUGCUGUUGCAGCUCCAAAACUCUGGAAUGAGCUUCCACUUUAUAUUCGGCAGUCUUCUUCAGUGGCAGCUUUUAAAUUAAAUCUUAAGACUUAUUUUUAUGAUUUAGCUUUUAGUAAUGUACGUUGA